CUUCAGAUACAGACAUUUAACGUGGAUGCACCAUGCCAGACUGUGGAAGAUUUAACGAGUGGGGUUGUGAUGGCCCAGGUUCUUCAAAAGAUAGAUCCUGCAUAUUUUGAUGAAAAUUGGCUAAACAGAAUCAAAACGGAAGUAGGAGAUAAUUGGAGGCUAAAGAUAAGCAAUUUAAAGAAAAUUUUAAAAGGAAUCCUGGAUUAUAAUCAUGAGAUUUUAGGACAGCAGAUUAAUGACUUCACCCUUCCUGAUGUGAGCCUCAUUGGGGAGCACUCUGAUGCUGCGGAGCUUGGAAGGAUGCUUCAGCUCAUUUUAGGCUGUGCUGUGAACUGUGAGCAGAAGCAAGAGUACAUCCAAGCCAUAAUGAUGAUGGAGGAAUCUGUUCAACAUGUUGUCAUGACAGCCAUUCAAGAGCUAAUGAGUAAAGAAUCUCCUGUCUCUGCUGGAAAUGAUGCCUAUGUUGACCUUGAUCGACAGUUAAAGAAAGCGACAGAGGAACUAAAUGAAGCCUUGUCAGCAAAGGAAGAAAUUGCUCAAAGAUGCCAUGAAUUGGAUAUGCAGGUUGCAGCAUUACAAGAGGAGAAAGGUAGUUUGCUGGCAGAAAAUCAGGUAUUAAUGGAAAGACUCAAUCAAUCUGAUUCUAUAGAAGACCCUAACAGUCCAGCAGGAAGAAGACAUUUGCAGCUUCAGACUCAAUUAGAACAGCUCCAAGAAGAAACAUUCAGAUUAGAAGCAGCCAAAGAUGAUUAUCGAAUACGCUGUGAAGAAUUAGAAAAGGAAAUAUCUGAACUUCGACAGCAGAAUGACGAACUAACCACUUUGGCAGAUGAAGCUCAGUCUCUAAAAGAUGAGAUAGAUGUGCUUAGACAUUCUUCUGAUAAAGUAUCUAAACUAGAAGGUCAAGUGGAAUCUUACAAAAAGAAGCUAGAAGACCUUGGUGAUUUGAGGCGGCAGGUUAAACUCUUAGAAGAGAAGAAUACUAUGUAUAUGCAGAACACUGUCAGUCUAGAGGAAGAGUUAAGAAAGGCUAAUGCAGCGCGAAGUCAACUUGAGACCUAUAAGAGACAGGUAGUAGAACUGCAAAAUAGAUUGUCUGAAGAAUCAAAGAAGGCAGAUAAAUUAGAUUUUGAAUAUAAGCGGCUAAGAGAAAAAGUUGACAGUCUUCAAAAAGAAAAGGAUAGGCUAAGAACAGAAAGAGAUUCUCUGAAGGAAACCAUUGAAGAGCUUCGUUGUGUACAGGCUCAAGAAGGGCAGCUUACAACUCAAGGGUUAAUGCCUCUGGGAAGUCAGGAGUCUUCAGAUAGUCUGGCUGCAGAGAUUGUUACACCUGAAAUCAGGGAGAAACUUAUUCGUCUUCAGCAUGAAAAUAAGAUGUUAAAACUUAACCAAGAGGGUUCAGACAAUGAAAAAAUUGCCUUAUUGCAGAGCCUUCUAGAUGAUGCAAAUCUACGCAAGAAUGAACUGGAGACAGAGAACAGGCUGGUGAAUCAGAGACUUCUGGAAGUACAGUCACAAGUUGAAGAACUGCAAAAAUCUUUACAGGAUCAAGGUUCCAAAGCAGAAGAUUCAAUUCUCCUUAAAAAGAAGCUUGAAGAGCAUCUAGAGAAACUACAUGAAGCCAAUAAUGAACUCCAGAAGAAGAGAGCCAUUAUUGAAGAUCUUGAGCCAAGAUUUAACAACAGCUCCUUAAAAAUUGAAGAAUUACAAGAAGCUUUACGAAAGAAAGAAGAGGAAAUGAAACAAAUGGAAGAACGAUAUAAAAAAUACUUAGAGAAAGCCAAAAGUGUUAUCCGUACUUUAGAUCCUAAACAGAAUCAAGGAGCAGCACCAGAAAUACAAGCUCUUAAAAAUCAACUCCAGGAACGGGACCGACUGUUCCACUCAUUAGAGAAAGAAUAUGAGAAAACAAAGAGUCAAAGAGAGAUGGAGGAGAAAUAUAUUGUUAGUGCCUGGUACAAUAUGGGAAUGACUCUGCAUAAAAAGGCAGCUGAAGAUAGACUGGCUAGCACAGGUUCAGGGCAGUCAUUUCUGGCUAGGCAAAGGCAAGCAACCAGCACACGAAGAUCUUACCCAGGCCACGUUCAAUCAGCCACAGCAAGGUAGAGACAUCUUGCCAUUAGAAAUUAAAAACCACCUGCAUUCACAGCAUACUUCUGUUACAUAUAACAACAUUUCAGGAAGUUCAGCCAGCUUACUUUUUGUUUCUCUUCUAUGUUUCUCUUCUAUGUUUCUCGUUUUGAGGGUCUUUUCUCUCUUCUGUAUCUUUGUUUUAGUCUCUUUAUUCCUUAUUUUGUAGUCCUUUCAGUUCCUUUUAAUGUGCCAAAAAUUUGUACAUGUUCAAUUAAAAAUGUUGUAUAAUAGUGUAGUACUUUUCUUUGUAUAAAAAUGUCCUCUUCCUCAAAAUGUAAGCUUUGUAAUGAAUUAGAUUUUCUGCCAAUAAUUGAUAUACUAUUUAUAUUCUUUAUUGUGCCUCUGUGUUAUCAUGCUUUAUAAGAAUGUCUUUGUUUAAAGGGAAUUAAUCUUUUUAUGAUGUAUUAAUCUGUGUUUUCCAUUGUUUUCCAGAUACACUCCAAAUAACUUGCAUAUUUACUAUACAAAAUGGUUGACAAGUGUUCUUUUUGCAAAGACAUAAAUACAUUGGCAUAGGUGCUAAUCACAUCUUUUUAAGGCACCUGGUAGAAUUAUUUGGGAAAAAAUGAAUUUUCACAUUGUUUUAUAGGAAAUUAAAUUUAUCAGAAGAUUUGGAGACUGUUUUUAAAGCAUAAUUACAUGAAGUUUUAUU